AAUUAGACUGGAUAUUUAAGAAAUUAAUUUAUAUUUUAUGAACAACAGAAACAGAAUCUAUGAAAGAUUUGAUUCAUCUACUAAAUAUUAUUACUAGACUACGGAUAUUUAUGUAUUUAGUAUUUAUGAAAAAUACAUAUUCAAAGACUAUGUAUACUCGUAAUUUUACCAUAGUAUAUAUUGUAAUAUUUAAAAUAUUAUAUCAUUAUAAUAUUUGACACAAGAAAUCUUUGUUUAGGCUCUAUUACUUCAAUUAUAUUCAUAGGUAUAUGAAUUUACAUAAACAUAUCCGCAACCUAUUCAUGACACAUGCGCCUAAAAUGCAUUUAAACUAAAAUAUUACAAAUAGAUGAGAUACAUAGAAAAUGCAUUGCAAUUUAUAAUAAAGUAAUUUCUUCUUUAUAUAGUGAAUAAUUUGACAAUGGAUACGAUAUACGAUUUACAAUGUAAUAGAUUUAAUUCAAAUUGCAAGAUGUGCAACAUUCAGAGAUGAGAUUCAGAGGUUCAGUUGAGAUGAAAAUAGUUAAGAUUUUAAUAUUCCGUAGCGUCUAUUAAUAAUGAAAAUCUUUGUUAAGUGACGUAUAUGAAAGAAAGUGAUUACGUAAUAUCAUCGUAAUAUUCAUGAGAACUAUAUGUAUGUGCGCGCGCGCGUGUGUGUGCAUGCAUGCGUGCGUGUGUCAUAAAUAUUUAAUGGCGCUACAUCGAUAGAUUUGAAGGUUUAUGUAAAAUUGUAACAGAUUUAUUACGAGAUUUAAAAAAAAAAUUAUAAAAGAAUAUAAAGUUACUAUAAAAAUAUAAAGUUUCCAAAUAUAAAUGCAAACGUUAAGUAAAAAGGAUUUAAAUGCAAUAAAGUAAUUUUGUGUAAGGUAAUAUUUUAAUACUAUUUUUAUGCUGAUAAUAUUACAACAACCUAUUUUCAUUUUACGUAGAUUAUAUAUGCAUAAAGUAUUACAAUCGCUAAAUAAAGAAAAGCAACAUAAAUAUUUGUCGAAAAAUAUUAAGACAUUAAGAUAAUAUUUAAGAACUAUUUGCGUAUGAAUUUUUAAACAAUUUUUUAAAUUAUUAUAAGAAAGUUGAUAAAAUUACACUACAUACUUAAAAAAUCGCUGAUUCUGCGCUACGUUUCCAUUUUUCGUAUCAGCAUGUGAUGAUCGAUGAUUUUUCAAUGGGAAGGAGGUAACAAGCAAUGCUGUGCUAAGACAUCAAACUUUCUAAUAUUUCUGGCCUAAGUGUGUGAAAGAAUUAAAUAAAUCAAGAAGAUGAAUAAUCAGGCAUUCAGUUUAGCUGAAAGACUUAUUCCUUCAACCUAUGUACAACAAGGUUUAAAUGCAAAAAAAGCACGUGAAAAUCUUAUAAGACACUUCAUCGAACAUCAAAAAUGGCCAGAAGAGGGUUGGGAUGAUGCAACAAUAGAAGCUUUUCUCUCCGAUCUGUCACAAAUGGACAGCAACAAUUUUCCUUCCAAUUGUAGUGUUGGAGAACGUGAAGCAAGAAUCGUAUCGAACAUUGUUGCAAGGCGACAUUUUCGAAUGGGUCAUGGCAUAGGAAGAUCAAGUGAUUUAGAAGAAGUACAACCAAAAGCUGCAGGAAGUAGCUUAAUGUAUAAAUUAACAAAUGCUUUAGUACUUGAAGUCAUUCGAUAUAUGGGUGUAAAAAGCAUAGCAGGUUGUUUUCUAUCACCAAUGGCUACAGGCAUGAGCUUGGUAUUAUGUAUGUUAACAUUUAAACAGGAUAGACCACGAGCCAAGUAUGUCCUGUGGCCUAGAAUUGAUCAAAAAUCAAGCUUUAAAUCAAUAAUCACAGCUGGAUUAGAACCGAUUGUUAUUGAAACCAAGAUAGUUGGAGAUGAAUUAAAGACAGAUAUGCAAAGACUUGAAUCUCAAAUGGCAGCUUUAGGUGAAAGUGUUGCUUGUGUGCUAACAACAACUAGUUGCUUUGCACCCAGGGCAUGUGAUUCUAUUGAUUCUAUUGCAGCACUUUGUACUCAAUAUAACAUUCCACAUUUAGUAAAUAAUGCGUAUGGCUUACAGAGUACGAGAUGUAUGCAUUUGAUUCAAGAAGCAUCGCGUAAGGGCCGUGUCGAUGCUUUCGUUCAAAGCACGGAUAAAAACUUUCUAGUACCAGUUGGUGGUGCAAUUAUUGGCUCUUUUGACAAAAAUCUGUUAGAUCGCAUAUCAAAAAUGUACCCAGGUCGUGCAAGUGCCAGUUCCAUUAUGGAUGUAAUGAUAACAUUACUAAGCUUAGGAAUGGCGGGUUACAAACAAUUAAUAACGCAACGUAAAGAAAUGUAUUCAUAUUUAAAGGAAGAACUUGGCAAGUUAGCAGCAAGACAUGAUGAAAGAUUGCUAGACACUAAAGGAAAUCCUAUAUCAAUGGGAAUGACUCUUCAGUGUUUAAGUCAUCAGCAUGAUAAUAAACAAGUUACAAUGUUAGGUUUGAUGUUAUUUCUCCGCAAUGUUAGUGGUACAAGAGUAAUAACAACAACAGAAACUAAGCAUAUUGUUUCAUAUAAGUUUGAAGGUUGGGGAGCUCAUAAUAGUAAUUAUCCAGUACCAUACUUAACUGCUGCUGCAGCUUUAGGUAUGAAGAAAUCAGAUGUGGACAUGUUUAUACAACGAUUAGAUAAAGCUUUGACAAAAGUAAGGAGGCGUUCAGCUCCAGUUACACCGACAGCAUCUCUUGCUGGAUCCAGUAUUAAUGGAGAUGCAGUAGGUACUGGUGGUCCUGGAGAAUCAAGUACAGCUUCAACUAGCCGAGCAAGUAGUAAGGAUAGUUUGAGAAAAUGAACCGUAAUCAACGCAACUGGUCAGUCGAAUCAAUACAUUAAUUUAUUAAGUUAAAUUACUUCUUAGAUAUUUAUUUACAUUAAAAUAAAAAAAAUAACAUUUUAUAACAAAAAUAUAUUCUAAAGAGAUACGCAACAACAAAAUGUGCUGAUUCGUCUGUCCAUUUGCGUUGUAACAGUGUCAAUUGUCAUGAAAUAAAGGAAGAGAGUUCAAACAAUAUUAACAUCGGAAUAUCUAAGCUAAUAUUCAAGGAAGAAGAAAAUGUUAGUGUAUUCUACACAUUCAUUAAAAGAUAUUAACUGGUAAGCGCUGGCCACAAGAAUAUCUGUUAUACUUGUUCUAUGUUACAAUAUAUAUGCAGUUACUUUUUAAACAAUGCAUGUCUCAUAUAUCUGAUAAAUAUCUGUUUAUCUUUUGGAAUAUUAUUGCAAUACAAAAUUAAUUUUCUGUAAAAGCAUAUUUCUGCUUAAAUCCAUUAUUCCACAAAUUACCAACUGUAAUCCCAUUAAAAUUAGUUUAAUAUCCUUAUGCUGAUCAUUUGUAUGUUUUAAAGCAAUUACAACUUCAUAUUUUAAAUUUAAAGUCACCAGUUAGCAUUCUUUUGUGUAAUUUAUUUGUGCUAGAAUAUUAAAAUACUAUAAAAAAAAUUCACUUCUUUUCACUUAGAAAUAAUAUAAUUCUACCAAUGAUCAUAGAAAAAGGAUAUGUUAUUACUAAGAGAGAUUUAUAGUAGAUACAGUAUUUGCUUAAUCACACUAUUAUAGAAAGUGUGUACAAAAAUUAGAAGCACUAUAUAUGAGAAAAAGAUACUCCACAACCUGUAUAAAUUGAAUACAGAUAUAAACAUGCUAUUUAUGAUUUUAAACUCUUUUUGUUAUUUAUUUUGUGAAUGUUCAUUUGUAGAUUACAUUAUAAUUUCCUGUACUAAUAAUAUCUAAACUUUAUUAUUAUCAAAUGCAAUGUUUUGCACAAAACAACAGUAUUAUCUUUUCAAUAUUUUUAAAGAAGUAAUGAAUAUAAGUAAAUUUAAACAGCAUAUUAUAUUACUAAACACAAUCAUUUUCUAAAUGUCUAUACAAAUUUUUGUGUGCAUUUGUAUUGCACAUAAUAACUUGUAUAUGCACAUUUAAAAAAGGCAUGUAUUUGAAGAUUCACCUUUGGAUAAAUUAUUUUGAUAGUGUUAUCUUUUGAUAUGUCAAUAUUCCUUCAAAUAUAGUAAGAUAAGUCAAUUAAUAUUUAGUACAAUAUUUAAUAAAAUCAGAGAAAAUAUCAAAAAUUAAAAAACAAGUUUGAAGCAUUUAGAUGAUUCUGAUAAUUAUUUUUAAAAUAUCGAUGUUGACAAUAUUAUUUAUAUUUAAAAAUUAUUUAUUGUUGUCUUUUAUUUUAAAAGUUUAUAAACUACAAUAUGUAUUUUAAUAGUUGUAAUAAAAUCUUACCAACUGUUGUAUAUUUUUUAAUAAUAUAAUAUAAUGUUUGUUGGUAAUAUAUUAAUAUUAACUCAGAAGAAAGCAAUAUAAUGUACAAAAUUAAUUGUCAGAUUAUAUACGUUGUUAAAUCCACAGAAAAAGAUCAAAGAUAGAAAAUUAAUACAGUGUUAUUGUACUUAGUAUAUUUAUUAUAUUUGUUAACCCAUAAAUGAAUUUUGAAUAAUUUCAGGAAAAUGGAUAAUUUCUGAAUUAACGAAAUGUUAUAAAAAAUGUUAUUCGAGGUGAAUCAUAUAUGCUACUAUAGGAUGUAUUAUCAUUAUAAAAUUAUCGAUAAACAAAGGUAACAUAGUAAAGAUUAUAAGAAGAUAUACAUUAUAGAAUAAUACAUUGUAUUUUAGUAUCAUACUGUAUGCUAAUGAAAUUCCUAUGUAUGUACAUACAGAUGUUUCUCAUUUCUGUAUUCUGUACUUUAAUAUUAGUUGUAGUAUAUGCAUUAUUUUAUUUCAUUAGUUUUAUAUAUUAUAAUUUUAUAUAAAAAAGGCCAGCUCACAUAUACAUAUAUAUUACAAAACCUGCCUUUUACAUGAAACAACGAUUUUUAAGGUCCUACUUUAUCAAUAUUUUUUAAUUAUUUUUGUAUCUAUACCUUUCAAUUUUGGUCAGUCAUUGUAAGAAAGAAACAAAUCAUAUUUUUAAACAGGCACAAUAGAUACAUUAUUUACUAAAAGUGUCUCACUAUCGAAACAAAGUAUUACAAAUGAAAUUAUGUAAAACUUAUUGAGUAUGUCCCACCUGCUGCAUUUUUAAGUUUAUUGCAGUUAAUGUGUACUAUUGGCUGUGAAAUAUUUUACCUAAUAUAUGUUGUAAAUUAAGGAAAAAAUUAAUUAUUCACAAUUUCAUUUGAGUUACAAUUUUGAGAGGGAAUAUUUUGUUGUUUACUCUUAAUAUUCAAGGAAAAAUCUAUAUAUUGCUGAUAUUGUAUAUACAUAAUUGUUUUAACAUUUUUAAAAAUAAAUAUAUAUAUAUAUACAUAUAAGAUAUUGGAGAUACUAAAUGUAAACAAAUUAUACACGUCUUGAAUUAUAUACAAGAAACCGCUAAUCCCAAUGUUACAUUUUCCUGAUCAUGAUAGAUACAUAUGUAUUUACUUAAUUAUGUUGUAUUAUCUAAAUAACCAUUUUACACUUACAGUACUUGGUUAAAAUUCAAAUGGAAAUUAAAAGACACCAAUUCUACUUAUAAAAGAAUUGCAUUCAACUUACUUAUUUAAAUAUAUAUCUCCAUUUGAAAAUUUAAACAACGUACACCAAUAUGGUAGUAUAUACAUACAUAUGUACUACAAAUCAAAGGUAUAUGUAGGAAUGCUUUAUUUGUAAAAUAUGCAACUAUUGGGUAAAUAAAAGUAAAAAUGUUAAACAGAUUUGUUUUAUUCAGUUCAUAGUAUUACCACAGACGAGUCAAUGAUAUUACCAGGUAUAACCUCAGACGACUAUACGUGCUGCGACAUUAUUUUCAAAUAUGUAUGGAAUGCUUUUAUCAUUCACUGAUAAGGUCGGUAAAAAUAAAUGAUGUAACCUGGGA